AUGUCUGCAUUUGCAAACACAUUACAUACUGGUUUGGGGAACAAUGGAAUUGAAGUUUCCUUGAAUUAUAUCACUGGGAUUCCUAAUCCAGAUCAUCUUCUUUGCUCAAACACAUUGAAAUUAGCUUUUAAAUCGUUGCUUAAAAGAGAUGUUCAUACUAAACAAAAGUCAAUCAUCUCUUUGCUAGAAUAUAUCAAAGAAAAUUCUUCUGAGCUUGAUAAUGAUUUGGUUAUUAUCACUUGGAUUCAAAUGUAUCCGAAACUCGCUAUAGAUGACUCUAGUAAAGUUAGAAGUUGUUCUCAUCAGAUUCAAUCACAAUUUGUACUAAGUCUUGGAAAGAAAUACGCAAAGUAUUUACGAGACACUAUAGGUAUUUGGCUCGCUGGGCUUUUUGAUACCGAUAGAGCAACUGCAAGAACUUGCAGGGAGUCCAUAUGUGAUUCAUUUGGGAACAAUGAGGAAAAAGUUACAAAUUUAUGGAAAAUUUUUAUCACCCAGAUAGUUCAAUACUCGCAUGAAGUUAUAGUUUGUGAAUCUAAAGAUACUCUAUCUGAUGAUAAGUUUAGUACCAAAGAAGAAAUCGAAUCAAAGUAUAUUCGUGUCACCCAAGCCUCGAUUUCUUUGCUAGUUAAUGCAUUGUCACACUCAGACAAUAUCGAUAUUAAUGAAAAAAGCAUUAGUAUGAUUACGCAGAUAUACAACAAUGACUCCUUUCUUGACUUGUUUGGCUAUAAAGAUCUCAAUCUGAAAAAAGCUGUGUUUAUGGCUUCCAAGGCUUUAAUCACAUCAAAGCAUUUGCCAUCAAUCAUGGACAAAGCGUUAUACAAGAAACUGUGCAAAGCGUUGAUUAAGGGGAUAAAACUUGACUCUAGUGUUAACGCAUUAUUAUAUGGGCCUGUUUUAGUCAACAUGCUAGAUACAUUGGUGGUUGUCACAUCUUAUAAUUCCGAGUUUUGGCUUAACGUAAGAAAUGCUAAGUCAAAAUUAUUAGACCUUUUAAAGGUCGGUUCAUUAAACAGCGAGCCUAUAUAUUAUGAUGUCGUUGCAAAACUCUUAAAAAUCUUACCUAAUGAACUAGUUUCAAUUACGAAUUCGGAAACAAUAGAACCAUUCAUUCUUACUCUGAUUCAAAGUGUCGAGAAGGAGAAGAGCACUGCCUUUCUAGAAAAAGGCUGGAAGGUUGUUAUAAACCUAGUUGAAUCUCUUCAAAGUGCAGGCUCCCUAACCGAUUCCAUUGUGGAUACCUUUACAGCUGCGCUAGUUAAGCUAAUGGAUUCUCCUCGUAUAAUAGCACGCGGUAUCAUUGCUUUAAUGCAUGAUAUCAACUCGCUGUCAAGUGAAAACAAAGAUGUGUUACUUGACAUUAACUCGAUUAUUAUGGACCAUCUGCCUGAUAAACAAAUUGAGUUUAAUGACAGUCAUUAUUUGGUUAAACAUCAGUCACAAUUUAUAGAGUCUUUUGUCAAUCUACUACUUCUGAAUGGCUCAGAUCUUGCAGAUGUUUUACUAGCUAACGCGAUUGAAUCUUUGGGGGAGUAUGAUCCAAAAAGUUCUAACCCCACGUUAGCCUUCAUUACUAUAAAUGUUUUCAUUAAAAAUGGUAGAGAGGAAUUUGCCAGCGCAAUUAACGAAUUUAUUAGAACAGUCUCUAAAUAUAUCUCCAAAACAUUUAAAGAUUUGCCUUUGGAGACCCUUAAACUUUUCACCUCUUCAAUCUACUCAGAGAAAGAUCUGAAUGUUUCGGUUGUCAACAGUAUAUUUACAAGAUUAAAAGAUUUGGACGCCGCUGAUGAACUGCUUCCAGUCAUUGCUAGUCUAAAAAAUUUCAGCAUACAUGAUUCCAAACAACUCAAUAUGUACCUUUUAGAGAAUUCAAAAUGUGUUAGUUCUAAUGGAGGUAACUCUAGUGAUACCUUGUAUACCUUCUUGAAUUCUGAAAUCCUCUCGAAUUUAUUCAGGAAUGAGAACUUUGUGAGUUUUGCGGAUAAUUGUGUAAAGAACUAUCAAAAUGACGUUUUCCUCAGUUUUUCCAUCGAAAAUUCAGAUUUUGUGGAGAAGUUAUUAGAUACAAUUCUUCAAAGUGACGGAACCAAAGAAACAGAAUAUCAAUGCGCUUCUAGUUUGCUUGCAAAGCUUGAGCAAAAUAUUGACAAUAUCCAAUUUCGGAAAGCAUAUCUAGAAUGCGUUAUCAAUUGUAUAGAAAGAUAUGAUGGUCGACCUGAAGCCGUUAGUACAAGACUUUCUAAUAAUUUGAAACUUGAACUACUCAAUGCUAAUUUUGAUACACAAUUUGAAGAGUGCCUUACCACAAAUCCAAAUAAACUUCUCUCCAUAUCCAACUCACUGAAUCUUGGCAUGUACUAUUUUGUUGAUAAGUAUGACUCUAAUAGUGACAUCGACCUUGAACAGGCUAAGCUAUCUCUGAAUAAAGCGACUUUCUAUGCUAGUUUGAUUGGCACAGCAGAAAUCUCGGCGGAGAAUUUGAUGGUUCUUCUCCUUAUUUCUGAAUACGCAUCUGACAUCUUGUUUUUGGAAUAUUCAUAUACUUCACAGUAUCAAGAAAAGUUGAUGGAUUUUCAGGUUGCAGUAAAGGCUACAUUUAGUAAACUCUUUUCUUCGGUGAGCUACACAGAAGUCGUCAGCAGCUUGGCCACCGGCCAGAGUGACAUUACACUAUUGCAAUGUCUUUUAAAUCUGCUACAAUCCACAAAUAGACUUAAGGCAUACUAUACUCAUAGAAUUAUCAAACUUUUACUAGAGGAAAAAAUUGAAUCAAUGGGCAUGAAAUCUUUUGAACUGUUACCUAUAAAUGAUUUGGAAAAUAAGCCUACAAUUUUGUAUGCAUUGUUAAAUUCAGCUAAUCACUUCUUAACUGUUUCAUGUUUGGACCAUGUUAGAAAUAAGACAAUCGCUAAUUUAAUUUCAAUCAGAAAGUCCGAAGAAAUAGUUUCAGACGGUUUGAAGGAUCUAAUUCUCUUGAAUAGCUUCAUGGAUAUUGAUGAUGAUGUUGAUAUUCCAGAGAGUUUCUGUAUGGCACCCCCUCAAAGGUUCAUGAUCCUAUUAGGUACAUUUGAAUAUUGGAUGGACAGUGAUGUUGCAUAUGAAGAAAACUUUAAGCCCCUUAGAAUAGCAUUAAUGCAGUUUGUCCAAAACUAUAUUAAAAGCAUAUACUAUGUAUGUGACUCAAAAUAUCCAACUAAUUUUAUCACUAAGGUUUUUAAACUGGGGUUGAGACUUGUCUCGGAAAAUAUAAACUUAGUAAACUCUGAUGAUCAGGUAUCGAUUGACGUUUUGUUCCAUUCUCUGCAUCUUUUGUUGUUGCUUUCAAAAUACAAGCAGGAUAUUGAGGAUUGGGAGGAUGAAAUUUCGGAUAUUGAAACUGAAACAAUUGAGCUGUUUUUCAAGGUGUCAAGAGUAGAACAGGUCAAUCUUCCGCUAAUUUCUCUCUGUGAACAAUUUUCGCUCGUGCUACUUAGUUUUAACAACAAUUCGUUGAACUCACACUAUGGAAAGCUUUUUGAUUUGAUGAAUAGCAAAAAUAUUAAUAUUCAGCGUACUGCUGCAUCCUUGCUUCAUCAAAUAAUACCUGAUAAUCAGGACCAACUUGUUGUUGAGUUUUUGUUAUCCAAAAAGAAGGCCAAUGAGGAAGGGGUUUCCGACGUCCAUCUCCCAAACUCUUUGUUACAACAUGUUCGAGUUCCAUUAAUCGAUUAUAUCGAAUAUGAGGAACCAUGGAAGGUGUAUCAGUAUUUAUGGAGCUGGUACUUGAUAAUGGACCAUUUCAAGAAUAUAACCCAACAAAUGAGGCAAGAUUAUAUUAGUGAGUUAACUGAAAGUACUCUUAUUGAAUUUCUCAAUUUUGCUUUCAGUGAACUAGAGACCAAUAAGUUCAGGCUGCACGAAGAUGAGGGAAAUUAUGUCAAGAACUACUCAUUUGAUGAUAAUGCUGAACUAAACUAUCAGGAAGAAAUCCAAAAACUUUUAGUCAACUUGGUGUACGAAAUAAUGAAUAAUAUUGGUGGAACAUUUGCACAAAAUUGGUUUCAGUCAAUUAAAGAUAAACAAUUUCAACAACGCGUCGAAAAAUUUAUCACUCGUUUCAUUAGCCCUCAAUUGAUUGGUGAUAUUCUUUCAACCUUGGCAAAUAAAAACUCAGUAGAAGAUUCCGAAUUUAAGAUCAAUAUCAAUAAAAGGUUUAACGAAAUUAAAUGUCUUUAUCAUAUUGACGAACAGAAGAUGGAAAUCUCAAUUGUCUUACCUGCAAACUAUCCAUUGGCACAAAUAGCCGUCAAUGGUAUAAGUAGAAUUGGUGUUGAUGAAAAGAAGUGGAAAUCAUGGAUAAUGUCUGCACAAUAUGUUAUUAAUUUUCAAAAUGGAUCUAUCCUUGACGCAAUAAAACAUUUCAAAGAUAAUGUUAGUGCAAAUUUUGAGAAUUACGAAGAUUGUGCAAUAUGCUAUUCUAUCUUAAACGCUGUUGACCAUUCUACCCCAAAUAAAGUUUGCCCAACUUGUAAACAUAAUUUCCACUCAGCUUGCUUGUACAGAUGGUUCAAAAGUUCUGGUGCAUCUACAUGUCCACUGUGUAGAUCAAAAUUUAAUUUUAAGAAACACUCCUAG